AUGUGGUCACUAAAAACUAAAAGUUUGGUUUUGAUUGUUAUUUUUAUUGCUAAAUGCAAUGCAAACACAAAAAAUAGCGGAAAAUCAUUGUUAUUGACGCCACUUAUAGAGUCGGGUCGUAUCCGAGCCGCACAACAGGCAAGUCUAGUGACCGGUUUGCCCGACGCACCAAAUAUUACCAGUUAUUCGGGAUAUUUGACGGUUAAUAAAAAGUUUAAAAGCAAUAUGUUUUUCUGGUAUUUUCCGGCACUGAAUAAAGAUAAGAGGGCCCCACUAUUGCUUUGGCUUAAUGGAGGUCCGGGAAGUACAUCAAUGAUUGGAUUAUUUACAGAAAACGGUCCGUUAGUUUUGGAUAAACAUAUGAAAGUAAGUUUAAGACAAUAUACGUGGGCUCAAGAGUUUUCAAUGGUAUUUAUUGAUAAUCCUGUGGGAACGGGAUUCAGUUUUACAAAUAAUUUUAUAGGUUAUGCCAAAAACCAGACCGAUGUGGCCCGCGAUCUGUAUACAGCUUUACAACAGUUUUUCAUAUUAUUUCCAAAUGAAAGACUAAAUGAUUUCUAUAUAACGGGUGAAUCAUAUGCGGGUAAAUAUGUGCCGGCAUUGGCUUAUAAAAUACAUACGGAAGGAAAAGCAUCCAAUAUUAACUUAAAAGGCAUAUCAAUUGGAAACGGAAUAUCGGAUCCAUUGAUACAGUUUGCAUACGGAGAACAACUGUUUCAAUUGGGACUUAUUGAUGAAAAUCAAAGAGAUUUUGUCGUCAAUGAAGAAAACAAAGCAAAAAAUUUUAUUAAAAAAGGCCAAUAUAUCGAUGCUUUCAAUAUAUUUGAUCGGCUUAUCAAUGGAGACCUUAUUAAUACAACCACUUAUUUCACUAAUAUUACUGGUUUUACUAAUUAUUACAACUUUUUACAGGACUCAGAACCCGAGCCAUUAACCUAUUAUUUUAAAUAUCUUGACUUACAGUCAACCCGACGGGCCAUACAUGUGGGAAAUCUGCCGUUUAGUUAUAAUUCAAAAAAUGUAGAAAAAUAUUUAUUAAAUGACAUCAUGCGGUCGGUUAAGCCAUGGAUGGCAACACUGAUGGAUAAUUACAAAGUUAUGAUAUAUAACGGCAAUCUGGACAUUAUUGUGUCGGCACCAGCAACUGAAAACUAUAUCCGAACCAUACAAUGGUCUAAAGCCCAACAGUACAGUAAAGCACAGAGAGUUAUCUGGAAAGUUGACAAUCAAAUAGUCGGUUAUGUUAAACAAGUGGAUCGUUUUGUUCAGGCAGUUGUCCGAAAUGCAGGCCAUUUGGUACCCUAUGAUGCGCCCAAAGCGGCACACGAUUUGAUUACUAGAUUUGUCAAAAACAAAUCAUUUCAAUAA